CUUAUACUUCAAUGUCACACAUAAUAAUCAGAUAAUCUACCAUAUCUAUUCAGAACAAUCAAGGAUCGGGUUGUUGUUGUGUCAUUCUCUGCCAAAUGGGCCAGGAAUUUGACGAAAGUGAGGCACGGGGUUGCGGUAAUUUUAAUUGGGCCGAAAUGUGAUUCGUUGGGCCCGCGCAAGCGCGCCUGCUUCUCCAAGGUCGCGGACCCGUGGCGUCUGCGUCUCGCUCUCUUGGGCGGCAAUGGCCACCGAGCCUUCCACCUCCGCACCAGCCUCCCCCGCCGCCGUCGCCGGCGGCGACGACUCCCUCGAGCCAUGGAGCGCGCGGGUGCGCACCCUGACGCGCCUCGGCCGGCACAGGGAGGCCCUUGCCCUCCUCCGCCACGGCGACCCCUCGCCGCCGCCGCACGCCCUGGCGCUCCCGGCGGCGGUGAUCUCCUGCGCCAAGCUGCAUCUCGCCUCGGGCGUCGCCCAGAUACACGCGCUCGCGGCCAAGCGCGGCCUCCUCCCGUCCUCCGACGCCUACCUCCUCUCCGCGCUGCUCUCCUCCUACUCCCGCCUCCGCCUCCUCCCGCUCGCCCGCCAGCUCCUCGACGAAUUGCCCCUCGCGUCCACGCCGCCCGCCACGGCGCGCACCGCGUUCAACUCCCUCAUCUCCGGGUGCGCGCUCCACGGGGUCCCGGCCGGCUGCUUCUCCCUCUUCCGCCGCAUGCGCGUGGCCGCCGGCGUCCGCUUCGACGCCGUCACGCUGCUGGCGCUCGUCCCCGUUGCUCCCCUGGGCAUCGUGCCGCAGCUCCACGCCCUCGCGGCGCGAUCGGGGCUCGCCGCGAACACUUCCGUGGCCAACUGCCUCGUGUCUGUCUACGCGCGCGGCGGCGGCGGCGGCGCCUCCCUUGCCCGCCAGGUUUUCGAGGAGAUGCCGCGGGCCUCCCGCGACCUCGUGUCGUGGAACGCGGUGAUCUCCGCCCACGCGCAGAACGGCCUCGCCGUGGAGGCCGUCGAGCUGUACCGGCGCAUGCGUGGCCCGGAAGGCGGCGGGGUGGAACCGGACGCCGUGACGCUCGUCGGCGUCCUCUCCUCCUGCGCGCACACCGGCGCGCGCCGCGUGGGCCUUGACGUCGAGCGGUACGUGCGGGAUACAAUCCCGGGCUUCCGCGACAACCUGCCGCUCUGCAACGCGCUCAUCAACUUCCACGCGCGCUGCGGCAGCUUGGCCCAGGCGCAGGAGCUGUUCGACGAAAUGCCCGAGAGGAGCGUCGUCUCGUGGACGACGCUGAUCAUCGGGUACGGCAUGCACGGACAGGGCGACAUCGCCGUCGACCUCUUCGAGACGAUGGUGUCGGAAGCAACCGCGCCGGACAGCGUGGCCAUGGUCGGCCUUCUGUCGGCGUGCAGCCACGCCGGCAUGUACGACGAAGGGCGCAAGUACUUCUCAACAAUGGAGCGCGAUUACUGCCUCCGGCCCAAACUGGAGCACUACACCUGCAUGGUGGACCUCCUCGGACGAGCCGGCCGUCUCGACGAAGCACGGGAGCUCAUCGCGUCGAUGCCGAUGGCGGCCGACGGCGCGGUCUGGGGCGCGCUGCUCGGAGCCUGCAAGAUACACAAGAACGUGGAGAUGGGAGAAGAGGCCUUCGAGCGCGUCGUCAGCCUCGAGCCGGCCAACGUGGGGUACUACGUGCUCAUGGCGAACAUCUACGCCGACGCCGGGCAGCUCGACGGCGUGGCGAAGGUGCGGGCGGCGAUGAGGCGGCGCGGGCUCAGGAAGGAGCCCGGGUGUAGCUACGUCGAGCACAAGGGGAAGGUCCACCUGUUCAUGGCCGACGACCACUCGCACCCGCAGGCGAGGAGGAUCUACGAGCUCGUGGUCGAGCUGGAGCGGAUGGUGAAGGAGAAGACGGGUGGCGAUGUGGUUGAGGAGCGCGCUGAGAAGGCGGUAGCGGAGGCGGCGGCCGUGCCAUUGGUGGGGUUCCACAGCGAGAAGCUGGCGGUGGCGUUCGGGUUGCUGAACACGGAGGCGGGAAGUGAGAUCGUGGUGAUCAAGAACCUGCGGGUGUGCGGGGACUGCCACUCGUUUCUGAAGACGAUCUCGGAGUUGACAAAUAGAGCGUUUCUCGUCAGGGACGCGAGCCGGUUCCAUCGCUUCGAGAAUGGGGCCUGCUCCUGCAGAGACUACUGGUGAAGAAUUUGGUGUGCCUGGUGAAGGAAACACAAAUGGGAACUCAAACUUUGGUGUGCCUGGUGAAGGAAAGACAAAUGGGAAUACAAGCUGGUUGAGAUCUGCCGCGGAACGUGAUGUUGGCUACCGGCAAACCGUUGAACAGCAAGACAGAGAAGCCGUCGAACCAGUGCCGUCCGAUCUCGAGAGUGAGCAGGAAGACGUUCGGCGAACUGUCACUCAGAACCGGAGUUUAGGCUGGAAGCGCAAGCCGAUGGAACAAUUCCGAUCGGUAGAGGAGACAAAAAAAAAAAUCAAAACAAAGGCCUGAAAUUUUGCAUUUUUUACACGCCCCCUGAUCUAACAAUGAUCUCGUGCAGUCGUGUGCCGUUAGCUAAGUGUUGUCAGGUUCUUUGUGCAGGAUGGACAUGGGCACAUGGCUGCCGAUAGCAUAAACAUUUGAUAAAGAAUGACUUUAAGCUCGAUAAUUUAAUAGCAGAGAGAACUGUAGAAACUGCUUUAUCUGUUCCACCCCCAAGGCCCCAACACAACUGGGAUAGCGAACUGGAGAUAGAACAAAAGGCAAAACCAAUAUAUUGAUGAAAACAAUUGAAGGUCACUCCUGUGAUGUACAUAUAUCCUGAAGCUAUCGUAAUACACAAUUGUGAAAUAAUACAUUGGGCAUAAUCAUGUCCAUAUAAAUGAUUGGGCUAGUUUACAAAAUGGGAAUAUUCUCGACAGAAAGCGAAAGAAAAAAAAAGAAAAGAAAAAUUCAUCCUUGUACAACACUUGUAUGACGAUGGCGCUUCACAUCCCAGUUGAAGACGUCCUGCCUAUUCUUUGUGCGCCAAGCUUUGGCUGAGCUGGCUUUGUUCCUCGACCCCUACCUGAUGAAGCUAGAGGUCUAGCUUUGG